AUGCCGCAAGCCAAGCUUGCUACCACCGAUCACACAACUCCCAACAACAGCCAAAAUGCUCCUCCUACCAAUCAGAAUAAACAAGAAGUCACGUUGGAGCUCCGGAAGUACAUCCUGCUGCUGGCCUCGCUGGUGGCCACGGUGACCUAUGCCGCCGGGUUCAGCCUGCCGGGGGGCGUCUGGCAGGACACGACCGCCGACCACCUCGCCGGGGACCCCAUCAUCCGGGACACCCACCACAAGCGGUACGUGGCCUUCUUCUACUGCAACGCCACCGCGUUCGCCGCGUCGCUCGUGGUCAUCGUCCUCGUCCUCAUCCUCGCCUCCCUGGACGACAAGGAGAGCUCCACCAACUCCUGGAUCGUCAGCCAGUACAGAAACCACCCCAGGCUCGCCGUUCGGCCGCUGCAGCUGGUCAUGGUGGUGGACCUGCUCAGCCUCAUGGGAGCCUACGCCGCCGGCACCUGCCGGGACACAUUCACCACCGUCUACUCCUCGGUGCUGGUGGGCAUCGUCUUCUUCUACCUCGUUGGUCAGGUGGCGGUGGCCUCGUGCUUCACCGACACCGGCUUCGGCGGCAUGCACGAAGGCCAAGUCGAAGGAAACCCCAACUCCGGUUCCGGCGGUGGCGUGCCCGAAUCCGAAGCCAUCGAAAAAGAAGAAGAACGGCAGAAGGCGAAAAAAAGGUUCCGCAAGGUCAAGGUCCUGAUGGCGCUUGCUUCAGUGUCCAACAAGGUCGAACAAGACAAGGCGAAACAACGGUUCCGCAAGGUCCUGAUGCUUCUCGCUACGUUCGCCGUGAGCAUCACGUACUUGGCCGGGCUGAGCACACCGGGGGGCUUCUGGGACAGCACCGGCGCUGGUCACCGCCCCGGAGACGCCAUCCUCAAGGACCGUCACAACACGCGCCUGGCAGUAUUCUUCGGCUUCAACACCACGGCAUUCGUCGCGUCACUGCUCAUCAUCGUGGUGCUUCUGGACACGAAGCUCCGCGAGAUCAAUGCCUACGGGUUCAUCGUCGUCGCGCUCGUCAGCCUCAUCGGCGCCUACAACGCCGGCAGCUGCAGGCAGACUGACACCACCGUCUACGUGUUCAGCCUGAUAGCUGCCGUUUUGCUGUGCAUUUUGUUGCUCCUAUGGGUUACAAGAGCCUUCAAGUUGUUGGAAGAGCCACCAACACCAUCAACACGGCCAGCAGUGCCGCAAGCGCAACAAGCAAUGAUGGGAGCAAGUGAUGGUCGGGAGAACGCGAAUGGCAGGGAGAGUAAAACAGAGAAGGGGAAAGCAGCAGACAAGGCUCGCUCUCUUGUCCUGCUGCUCGCCACUCUGGCGGCGACAAUCACCUACCAAGCGGGGCUGGACCCGCCGGGCGGCGUCUGGCAGGACAACAGCGGUGGCCACACGGCCGGCGACCCGAUCCUCCUGACGACGAAUCACCGGCGGUACAAGGCUUUCUUCUACUGCAACUCGGUGUCCCUGGUGGCGUCCCUGGUCGCCAUCGUCCUGGUCCAGGAGAAAUUUCUGCUCAACCACCACGUGCUGGAGGCGGUCAUGAUACUGGACCUCUUCGGCCUCAUCGGCGCCUACGCGGCGGGGAGCUGCCGGGACGUGAACACCUCCAUCCACGCCAUGGCGUUGGCUGGCGCCGUCCUUGUAUACGUGGUCAUCCACGUCAUCUUCAUCACGCUGGACGACGACACGCGCGCAAGGAGCGAGAGUGACAAGGAAAAGGACAAUGAGUUGGUGGAGAAGACACGCAAGCGGCUGCUCCUCUUCGCCAUCUUGGCGGCGACCAUCACCUACCAAGCCGGCCUCACUCCGCCAGGGGGGUUCCUGCUCCAGGACGACCAGUCUGGGCACCACGCCGGUGACCCGGUCCUCCUGUACAACUUCCCGCGCCGCUACAAGGCCUUCUUCUACUGCAACUCGGUGAGCUUCAUGCUGUCCAUCGCCCUCAUCCUCCUCCUCGUCAACCCCAAGCUGUACAGGCCAGCCAUACGGACGCACGCACUGUCCGUGUGCACGGCGGUAGGCUUGUUUGGCCUCAUGGGCGCCUACGCCGCCGGAAGCACGCAGCAUUUGAAGACAUCCAUCUACAUAUUCGCGUUGGUAGCAGUGGUCAUUUUCUUCAUAAUCCUGCUGUUCCUGGUGUUUUGGUUUACGGGCUGCAGCACCAGCACAACUCCACAAGGAGCAGCAGUGGAGACCAGCAACAGCAACGCUACUACUGGUACUACUUCACAAGGACCAGGAAUAGAGACCAACAGUACACAGAAGAAAAAGAAGAGAGUACAUGCCAAGCGCAAGUACCUCAUGUUGCUAGGGAUCCUUGUGGCAAGUGUCACCUACCAGGCUGGCCUACAGCCGCCAGGCGGAGCUUGGCAGAGCAGCAGUGGAGGGUACGAGGCCGGCAACCCAGUGAUGCACGACAACAGGAGGCCCCGGUACCUGGCUUUCUUCUACAGCAACUCCACUUCGUUCAUGGCGUCCAUUGUGGUCAUCCUUCUCCUCCUGGUACCGAAGAAGCUAUUUGACGAUAAGACAUGGCACAGGAGGUGGCUUGUGGUGAUGAACACUGCAAUUGUGCUGGAUCUGCUUGGCCUCCUGGGUGCCUACGCAGCCGGCUCAAGCAGGCGGUGGAAGACAUCUGUGUAUGUGUUGCUGCUGGUUGUAGGCGUGCUGGGCUACAUGGGAUUCCAUCUCCUCCUGGCUGGCAUCAUCAGAAACAGGAAUGGUCAGAGGACAAAUCCCCAAGCAAUUGAUACUCCUUCAGUCUAG